AUGUCAGCCUCAAAGACACAUCCUGUCGUUAUAGUCGGAGGAGGUCCAGUCGGACUUUCAGCUUCGAUCUUGUUAUCUCUUCGCAACAUCCCACAUGUCCUCUUCGAACGACAUCCCGGCACCUCGAUUCACCCAAAAGCAUGUGGCAUAAACCAAAGGACCGGCGAAAUCUUUCGCCAGAUGGGAGUGGAAGAGGAGGUUAACGCCAACUCAGCUCCUCAAAACACAUGUUCCAAGACCGCUUGGUUUACGUCACUGGGACCAACUGGUCGGAAGAUUGUGUCUCGCGACGCCUGGGGUGGGGGAGCGUACGCCGACGAAUACGAGGCAGCAAGCCCAAGUAGAUAUGCUAUGUUGCCGCAAAUACGUCUCGAGCCUAUUCUCGCUCGACGAGCAAAAGAGCUAAACCCUGAUGGUGUCAAGUUUGGUGCCGAAGUCACCGACCUCGUGGAAAAGGAGAACCACGUGGAAUUAAGAGUCGAGUAUAAAGAUUGCUCAAGAGCUAUUGAUACUGUCAAAGCUUCCUAUGUUAUCGCAGCCGAUGGCGGGAGAUUGGUGAGCGACAAACUUGGGAUUGAAUUACACGGAGAGAAGGACAUUGUCGACAUGGUAACCGCACACAUCCGAGCGCCAAUUGCCGCGCAGCACCCCGAACCACAAGCAUUCAUAACCUGGUUCAUCAAUCCAGAGAUGGGUGGCAGUAUCGGGACUGGCUACAUGUACCAUCUUGGUCCAUAUCCCAACAAGCCAGAGACGGAAGAAUGGAUGUUUGCCUGUGGCAUCCUCCCCGACGACCCUAAAAAGUUCGACGAUGCAGCAAUGAUUGCACGCCUGAAGAGAAGCAUCAACAUCCCAGAUUUGCAAGUCGAAGUUCUGAGUUUGAGCCAUUGGUUCGUGAACGCCAUCUCGGCGGAACGGUAUCGGAGUAAGCAAGGCCGUAUCUUUUUAGUCGGAGAUGCCGCGCACCGUGUACCGCCUUGGGGUGCACUUGGUUUGAACACCGGGGUCCAGGAUGCCAACAAUCUAGUGUGGAAGCUGGCCCUGAUGCUCGAAGAUAAGGUGUUGGGCAUUAGCAAAAACACAUCGGUGGCGGAGAACAUAAAGGCGGUCGAGGUCCUUUUUGAUAAGAGUCACCCAGGCCAUAACCAGAUGCAUUCGGAUGUUCAGAAGGCGCAAUCGAUUCUCGACACCGAGUUCAAGGCACCAGGUGCGGAGGUUGGCUGGUUUUAUCCUACCGCUGAUAUCUACAACGAGGGUCAGGACAAUCUGCAUGAUGGUCAAUUGGACGAGCAUGGGAAUCUGAAUACCGGAAAGUACUGCCCUUCGACUAUACCCGGACAUCAUCUUCCUCAUAUGUGGCUACGCAAAGGCGACCGUAUUGUCUCUACGCGCGAUCUUCUAGCGCUAAACAAUUUCGUCCUCUUCACGGCAAACCCUACGGCGUGGAAAGAUGUAAAGAGCGCCAUGGUUGAUAUUGUCGCAAUUGACAAUGAUGAUUGGGAAGAUUUGGAUAGCAAAUGGAGACAUCUAUCAGGAGUAGGAGACGAGGGAGCUGUUCUCGUGAGGCCAGAUGGCAUCGUUGCGUGGAGAAGCAAAUCGACUGAAGGGAACAGCGCAGAAGAGAUGGCUACAGUUCUUGCGAAGGUACUUCGACUUCCGUCCAUAUCAGAACAUUAA